UGGUGAACCUGACAGGGCUGCUCACAGGUGCACUAGGGUUACAGGGGUGUUGGGAGCUUUGCCGAUUCCUCUUCUUUUGGGAUGUUCUGGCCCUGAAGCUGUGAAUCUUGGCGUGAUCCGUAAAUGCUCACGCAACGGAUAAAGGAAAUACAUUUUUGUUUCUAAUUCAUGCUAAAAAUGUAGUAUGUUUUGGUGAGUAGAUCAAAACGUUGAUCCAGAGAAUGAUCACUGCAGCUCUCUGACUUAUAGGACAACUGGUGUUGUCUUAUUCUAACACACUGCUAACGUCCAUGGAAGACAAGUCUGAAGCAGUUUUUUGUGGAAAUGGGAAAAGGGGUAGGGAGCCUUUAAUAUGGUUACAGUUCCCUAGAUUCACCCUCUGGCUGGCAUGUCAGCCUGAUAAACGGGUUGGUGCCAAGUUGCAAGACACGGAAGAAUCGUCGUGAGUUCUGGAGGAGCUUGAGCAUGAAGUGGUGACACAUGUGAGUAUCUUCUGUCCAGUGGCAGAUUUCUUGGAGAAAAAGUAUGGCAGCCCCACAGUUGUAUGAUGCAUAAGUACAAAAACAGCGAAGCAAAAAUUUGUCUCAUAGACAAACAUAUUGUGUUUAUAGGAGAUUCUAGAAUUCGACAGCUGUUCUAUUCAUUUAUAAAACUCAUAAAUCCUCAAGUCAAAGAAGAAGGAAAUAAGCAUGGAAAUAUCCCUUUUGAAGAUAAAUCUGCUUCAAUUAAAGUGGAUUUCCUGUGGUAUCCAGAAGUUAAUGGCUCUAUGAGGCAACGUAUAAAAUCUUGGACUGAGAGUUCUGUGGCAAAACCUCAUAUAAUUGUAGCAGGAGCUGCCACGUGGUCUAUCAAGAUUCACAAUGGCAGCAGUGAAGCCCUCACACAAUAUAAAAUCAAUAUCACUUCAAUUGCACCUCUUUUGGAAAAAUUAGCAAAAAGCAGUGAUGUUUACUGGGUCUUACAAGAUCCCGUUUAUGAAGAUAUGCUAAGUGAAAGUCGGAAAAUGAUCACUAAUGAGAAAAUAGAUGCUUAUAAUGAAGCAGCUGUUCGUAUUCUGAACAGCAGCUCCCGAAAUUCCAAAGCUAAAGUUAAAGUGUUCAGUGUAUCAAAAUUGAUAGCACAAGAAACUAUCAUGAAGUCUGCAGAUGGCCUGCAUCUCCCUGAAUCAAGUAGAGAUACAAAUGCGAUGAUUCUUAUGAAUGUCUACUGCAAUAAGAUAAUGAAGCCCAUUGAUGGUUCCUGCUGCCAGCCUCAGCCUCCUCUCACUCUGAUACAGAAGUUAGCUUUCUGUUUCUUUACUUUGUCCAUUAUUGGAUAUUUAAUUAUCAGUUUAAUUCAUCGGAAUAAUUUUCGGAAGAACAAAUCGUGCACUGAUUUGGAAAGUGGAGAAGAGAAGAAACCUGCUCUCAGCUCUCCUAAUGUUUCUACUUUAGAGAUGCUCUUACACUCUUUCUGCAAACUUGGUCUAAUCAUGACCUAUUUUUAUCUAUGUGACAGAGCAAAUCUUUUCAUGAAGGAAAAUAAAUUUUAUACGCAUUCAUCUUUCUUCAUACCAAUCAUCUAUAUCUUGGUUUUGGGGGUGUUUUAUACCGAAAAUACUAAAGAGACUAAAGUGUUAAAUAGAGAACAGACUGAUGAGUGGAAGGGCUGGAUGCAACUUGUUAUUUUGAUUUAUCAUAUCUCUGGAGCAAGCACUUUUUUGCCUGUGUACAUGCACAUUCGAGUUCUGGUUGCUGCAUAUCUGUUCCAAACAGGUUAUGGACACUUCUCUUAUUUUUGGAUAAAAGGGGACUUUGGUGUAUACAGAGUGUGUCAGGUUUUAUUUCGUCUCAAUUUCUUAGUUGUGGUUCUGUGCAUAGUGAUGGACCGACCUUACCAGUUCUACUACUUUGUGCCAUUGGUCACUGUCUGGUUUAUGAUCAUAUAUGCCACUUUAGCUGUAUGGCCUCAGAUAGUCCAGAAAAAAGCAAAUGGGAACUGCUUGUGGCACUUUGGUUUACUGCUGAAACUGAUUGGUUUACUGACAUGUAUAUAUUUUCUGUCCUAUUCUCAGGGCGCAUUUGAGAAAGUAUUUUCUUUUUGGCCGUUGUCCAAGUGUUUUGAACUGAAUGGGAAUGUCUAUGAAUGGUGGUUUAGGUGGAAGCUGGAUCGCUAUGUGGUUUUUCAUGGGAUGCUGUUUGCUUUUAUUUAUCUGGCAUUGCAGAAACGUCAGAUGAUAUCAGAAGGAAAGGGAGAGCCUCUUUUCUCCAACAGAGUUUCAAAUGUUUUAUUAUUUAUUUCAAUUGUAUCUUUUUUGACCUACUCUAUUUGGGCUAGUAGCUGUAAAAACAAGACAGAGUGCAAUGAACUACAUCCCUCUGUUUCUGUGGUGCAGAUUCUAAGUUUCAUCCUCAUCAGGAACAUUCCUGGGUAUGUCCGAUCUGUGUAUAGCUCCUUCUUUGCCUGGUUUGGCAAAAUUUCUCUAGAGCUUUUCAUUUGCCAAUACCAUAUUUGGCUGGCAGCAGACACAAAGGGGAUCUUGGUGCUCAUUCCUGGAUAUCCAAUGUUCAAUGUUCUUGUCAGCACUUUUAUAUUUGUGUGUGUGGCACAUGAGAUUUCUCAGAUCACUAAUGAUCUAGCACAGAUUGUGGUUCCUAAAGAUAACUCAGCUCUGCUGAAAAGAUUGCUAUGCAUAGCUGGAUUUUUUUUUGGACUACUACUCUUUUCAGUAGUGCCAGAUCAGUCAAGGCAUUAACUUGGAAAGAUCCUUGGAAAGAAGACAUUGAAAUGAAACAUGGAAAAUGUAUACAGUGGAAGUGUACAUACUUUGUGUGGAAACAGCCGUCUCAAAUGAUCUGAGAAACAAGAAUGCACUGUACAGAAUUGCAUGUGAAAAUGAGUCUUUUCUACUGGAUAUAUGCUUAUGUUUACAUAUCUGUUUGAACAUGACACGAGGAAGUGAAGUUAAAUGGUUUUAUCACAUGGGAAUCAUGGAGUGAACUUGACCCUGAGUCAGCCAGAGGAAGAGUGGCUGUUCCUAGAGCUCUGCCUGCAUGUAACACGUGCUGUUACCAUUCUCAUCAAGGAACAAAAAAGGGCUCCUUCAUGAAUGGCCAUCUUUAGCUGGUGUGAAACAUGUAGCUACUGGUAAGCCAGGGCAUUUUUUCUGAACAAAUGGUAAUUUUUUGUUUAGAAAUUAGUAUUUUGGGUGGAGAUACUAUAUAUAUGAAGCCCUUUAUACGUGGAACUUGAGUCAUCACCAAUUCAAUGAUUUAAGAUUAUAUACAAGUUUACAUAAUAUUUUAUGGAUUGUUGUUUGGUUUUUUUAGAAAUUUAAUUUUUUUUCAGCAAAUAUGGUGAAUUCUGAGGUGAUUUUUUUAUAGAGAGAGUAUUUGAUUUUUUUUUCUAAAAUUCUUUUAAUAAAUAACUGUACAGUUCUCUGUACAAUCCCAGUGAACAAACAGAUUAAAAAUUUUCAGAGUCUCAGUUGAAGAUAGAGAAUUCUUGGAAAGCCUCCAGAUUUUUCAAUUCAGAUGAAAUUCCAUCAUAUCCACUCCAAAGGACAGUGAGGAAGCUAAAGAACAGGGGAAUGGUGAUCUUUGAACCUCUCUCUGAGUUUGUAAGUGACCUUGAACUAGGUUUCACUAGGGAACUGGUGCCAUAUUCUAUCCUGUAAUAGUAUUUUAAUUUAAAAGGAUGCAAGUUAAUCUGUUGGUGUCACAAGGAGGAGGGACUGAGUGGUCAUCUUGUUGCAUGCAGAUGGUUGAGUCUCAGAAUUACAAGUGAAAUGAGAUAGGAGCUGUUUGGAGGACCCUUUUUUCCCAUCCUUUUUAGCAGGCCCAUCUAUCUUAUUAACUCCUGCCUAAGUAAAAUUGAAAGAAAUAGCCCUUCAGUGUGACAGUGACAAGCCGUAAUUCACGUUGCACUUACUCAAUGAAAUGAUGGCCCUAUCUUUGCUGUUUGUGGCUUUGGUUCAAGUGAUAGUUUGACCUCUAGCUGCUUCUUCAUUUUAUUCUUCUACUGAUUACUUGUUACCAGUCAAAACACAAGCACAGUUUUCUAAGCAUAUAUGCCAUUAUGUAUUAUUAUAAACAAUAUGAAUCCUAAUUUGUACUGUAUGUACAUACUAUCAAGUAUGUUUUUGAUCUUAUCCUAGUUAAAAAAAAACAGAAAUUGAACUUGCAACCAUCAAUGAGUUAAAAAAAAAUAUGUGGAAAAAACCUGCUUGCAUUUUUUUUUUUGAUGGAGAGCAGUUUCUUUUGAGGAAUGACCAGUCAUUCAUCAUAAAAAAGAAAAAUUCCUUCCCUUCCUCCAAAGUCAGCAGUUUUACUAAGUCUGCCAGCUAUUUUUAAGCUAUUGGAAAGACACACAGCUAUUUGUUCUUUAUGUGCAUUACUUCCAGUGUUUGGGAAUUUAAGCUCCUUGAUCAGGGCUUUGAGUGGCUGAAGAAGCGGUGUAGGUGAACACUGUAGGGGGGGGAGGCUAGGAUGCAUAACCUUCAUCUAUGCCAGUAACAGGAGCAGUGGGGACUGUGAGUUUGAGGGGUAGCUUUUGUUUUGUUCUUCACAAUAUAUUGUAGAUAUAAUUUUAUUUAUGUGUUGUACAGACUUGGUUAAAAGAUUUAUUUUUCAUGUUUGAAAUAAUGCACUUGUUUACUAUGACUUUUUGUGGGAUAAAUAUAUUUUGUUUUCAAGUUAUGUAAAAAUAUGAAGUAAUUUAAACAUUAAAUAAACGUGCUGUGGAUGCUUA